ACCAUACCUGCGGGCACGACACCGUCAUGAGCAGUGGCCCUGCUGCUAACAAUACUCAGACGGUUGUCCUCGCCGAGUCCAGCACGAGCACGCACCAGCAGCCUCCACCGCAGCCAGACUCGCCAAGCAAGCAGGACGCCCGAGAAUACGAGGGACCCUCGAGGAUCGAUGGACGGUCGAGUGACGCGGAUAAAAUGCUGCAGUCUGCGGGGAUACUGCUGGAUGCGGACGGGCCCGAGGGGGACGGAGUAGAAGCCGGAGCCAUUGACGCGUCCGAGCAGACUCAAGUGGACGGCUCGAGCUCGGGGGACGACAGCCAACAGUGGGCCGAGGACGAGGGCCACGAUCUCAAGCGUGUCAAGGUGUACGAGCUUAUCGGAGCACGGUGGGUUGACCAGGGUACCGCGUUUUGUUUUGGCGACUUUCACGAAAACGAGGCGUUUCUCAUCGCACGCUCCGAGGCGGACUUCAAUCAAGUCAUUCUCACAACCACGAUACGCUCUAGCGACGUCUACCAGCGACAGCAAGACACGCUGAUUGUGUGGACCGAACCGGACGGCGUGGACUAUGCUCUCAGCUUCCAGGACCCAGAAGGUUGUGCAGAGGUGUGGAACUUUAUUCAGGAUGUACAGAGGCAUCUCACAUCUGGUCUGUCGUCAUCGCCCCUCAUUGGUCCCGAGCCGUCUCUCGUCGCCAAUGCCCUUAUGCGUGGUGGUGGCCUUCCAAAGCCCGCACUGGGGACUAUUACUGAGAUCGACAAGGCGAUGAAGACUAUCACGCGUAUGCCUGCCCUCAAGGAGCGUGUAUGCGAGAUUAUUCAGAACGAGAACUACGUCAGGGCUCUAGUUGAAGUCUUCAGCCAGGCCGAAGAUCUCGAGAGCAUUGAGAACCUUCACACCCUAUGUAGCUGUAUGCAAUCAAUACUCAUGUUGAACGAUCAUACCCUGUACGAACACAUCCUAGAAGACGAACUAUUCUCCGGAGUUGUCGGCAUGCUCGAAUACGAUCCAGAGUUCCCCACUCACAAGGCCAACUAUCGCGAGUUCCUGCAUCAGACGUCCCGCUUCCACCAACCUAUACCUAUACGGGACGAGGGCGUCCAGAGGAAGAUCCAUCAUACUUAUCGACUACAGUUCCUCAAAGAUGUGGUACUCGCGCGCGCCAUCGACGACUCAACCUUCAACGUCCUAAACUCGUGUAUUCUCUUCAACCAGAUCGAUAUCAUUAAUCACGUGCAAAACGACCAGACGUUCCUACGAGAGGUCGUUGGGAUCUUCCUGGACGAGGAGAUGCUGAAGAACUUGGUUUCGAAGGGCAAAGAACCGGAACGACCGAAGCCAGAAGGAGAGAAGAUGGACGUGGACCAGCCCAGCGAUGUGUCCCAUCAGAACGGAUCGCCGAAACGACGAAUGUCCGAGGCCGAGCUCAAACGGCGGAAGGAGGUGUUAUUGCUGAUUCAACAACUGUGCGCCAUGGGCAAGAACGUACAGCUACCUGCUCGUAUGGCGCUAUUCAGGACGCUCUGCGAUCGCGGAAUACUGUUCUCUGUGCAAUGGGGCCUCGGCCAACCGGACAGCGACCCAGAAGGGCUCCAGAUGAUCUCAGCUGCCGGCGAGAUCCUCACUACGCUUCUGGAUCACGAUCUCAACGGUGUUCGCAACCACGUCUUGAAGCAGCUCGGUCCCAUAGAUGACAAAAAUCCGGCACGAAAGAUCGAGUAUGACACUGUCCUCUCCGUGAUGUGUCGUGUUCUGGUCAGAAGUCGAGACCUGGCUGUCCAGAGCCAAAUAUCAGAGUCGAUCAGAGCAAUGAUGGAGGUACCACAAGAUAAUGGGAUGGAACAUCCGAUGGGUGCCAAAGUCUUCCAACGACCGAAGGACGAUCCAGGAACGGAGCGCUUUAUGGACUACUUCUAUAAGCACUGCGUCGACGUGCUAUUUCACCCCUUGCUUAAUUUUCCGGACUUCAAGAAUGUUACCGACGCAAAUCUGACACUCUCUCGUGAACGGACUAACCUAUAUUUGCAUUUAUGCGAUUUGCUUUCUAGCUUUGCUCUCCAACACUCGUUCCGCAGUCACUUCUUCAUGCUAUCAUCCUCCAUCGCAACGCAUGUGGCGUCUAUCCUGAGAGCGAAAGAUAAACACUUGAGACUGGCCGCUUUCCGGUUCUUUCGCGUGCUGCUUCGGCUCAACAACCGAAACCUCUUCAGUCACUUGAUCAAGGUCGAUGCGCUGGGUCCGAUACUCGAUCUCACACUACGUGAGUCACGCCGGGAUAACCUCCUUAGUUCCACUUGCCAAGAGUUCUUUGAGCAUAUCCGCAAGGAGAACAUGAAAGAGCUCAUCAGUCACUGCAUGACGAAACACGAAGGCAAAAUCCGGGAGCUGUCCGCGACUGCUCUCGGAGGUCCACGUUUCUCGGCGUUCAUCAGACGCUGGGAGAUGAACAUCGAGCCGCCUCCGAAAGAGGAAGAGAAGGCUGACAAACCCAUUCCCGGCGGACCACGACGGUGGGGCCAGGGCCGUCUGGUCGAGGCAGAAGAGGAAGAUUGGUUCAAUGCAGAUGACGAUGACGACGAGGCAUUCACAGCUACACUGUUCCCUGGAAGUGGCAAGCAGCAGAGUUUGCUGAAGAGGAAGCGUGCACGAGGGUCUGGGAUACGGCCGGUGCGGCUGCAUCAGGCUCCGCAGCUUGUGCGAUCGGCGGCGCUAGGCAGCCUGGUAGGAGACUACGGCGACGGCGACGAUGGAAGUGCAGCUGCGCCGGCGGAAGACACAUCGGCGACUCAGGGCACUAUUCUGCGCCCGGCAUCGCAGGGAGAACAGGGCGUGCCUGCCAGCCCCCGAAUACAGCACCGGCAGAUUGCCAUCGGGAAGCCCACGCCAGAUGUGGCUGAGGAUCCUGAAGAUAGCUUGCUGGAGUCGCUCGUUGCAGGGACCGAUCUGCCUUCGCCGUCGAAGGAGCUGCUGGGUGAGCUCGGCGUGGGCCUCAAGCGACGGCGCGAAGAUGAGGAUGACGGCCUGCUCGAGCGGCUAGCGAACAAGUCGAAGAAACCCACUGCUGGAGCAAGCCCGGGCACGCCGGACAAGGACAAGGACAAGCCCCCGGGCGCGGUCACGAUCAAGCUUGCUAGUGCAAAGACGCCUGAGGAGGGUCCGAAGAAGAUCAAGCUAAAGUUGAGCUCGCCGUCCUCACAGACGCCGAGUCCUUCAAGUCCUGGUGCGAAGGAUGGAGACACAGGAUAAUUACUCACGCUCGUUUUGCUGACCCUGUUGUACACUCAUUGUUUGUCUUACACCUCGUUGCAUCAAUU